AUGGCCCUGGCUCGCCUGGGGCUUGAUGCUCCUCAGGCAGACUUGGCUCAGCCUAGCGCCUUUUUCAGGCGCAGCCCUGCCACAGCCCCUUUCUCUGUCCCUCCUUCGGAGGAGUAUUUAAAGGAGCUGCACGUCUGCUGGAAGGAUGCCAAGGCUCUCCCCCGUCCUUCUUCCAGUGCUCGGGCCUUGGCUGCCACGCGGGAUCCAGCGCAGUAUGGGUUGGGUCGCAUGCCACCCGUUGAGCCCGCCAUUGCCUCCCUCAUUUUAACCCCCGAUCGGGCCUUGCGGCCGGAUGCCAGGUGUCCUCGGCCCCAGUGCAGGGUCACAGAUGACCUGCUCUCGAAGGCCUAUGACGCAGCAGCGCGUAUGGGGCGGAUUGGCAAUUCCCUCUCCCACCUAAUGCUGGCACUCUCGACCUCGCUGCAACAAGCUGCAGUUGAGCCGUCUACGCAGGACCUGAGCGAUGCGUCCCUACAGGCCUUUGCCCUCAUGUCCAGGGAAUUGGGGCGUGUUAUGUCCACCCUGGUCCAGACUCGCCGCCAGGUUUGGUUGGCUCAGUCGCCCCUGACGGAGGCAUGCAGGAAGGCCCUGAGAGCCGUGCCAGUGGUACCGGGGGAGCUGUUUGGGUCAGCUGCCCUGGAGACGCUGGAGCGAGCUGCCCAAGCUAGCCACCAUGCUCUUACCCAGCGCGAGAUGAGGGCCUACGUAGGUCUCGGCGGCCCGCCCAGCAGCCCGCUGAUAGCUUUCGUGCCCCCGCCCGCCCAUCGCCCGGGCAGCCUCGGGCCGCGGAGCCUCACCGGUACCCCUCCAGAGCCGAUAGAGGCCGGGGGGCCAGGCGCUAGGACCACGGGGCCGGUCGUCGGCUGUUUUUCCCAGCAGCAGAUCAGUUACUGGGCUGCCUGUACUAUAGACCCCUGGGUGGUUUCCACCUUAACCCGGGGGUACGAAUUACAGUUCCGACGCCGGCCCCAGGCCUUCGGCCGGGUCAGGAUGACAGUCGUCCGCGACCCAACGCAGGCCGCAGCUCUGGCCCAGGAGCUAUCCGCCCUCCUGGCCAAGGGUGCGAUCGAGCCAGUGGACCCUCAGUUACAACCCGGGGGGUUCUACUCGGCGUACUUUCUGGUAACCAAGAAAGACGGCGGAUUCAGGCCCAUUCUAGACCUAAGGGGCCUGAACACGUUUUUAAAAGUUUUACUAUUCCACAUGCUCACCUCGGCGGACACCCUGAGGGUAGUUGCCAGGGGGGAGUGGUUUACGACCAUAGACCUGAAGGACGCCUAUUUUCAUGUGCCGGUUGCGCCACACCACAGGCGGUUCCUGAGGUUUGCCUAUCGGGGCAGGCAUUACAAAUUCAGGGUACUUCCCUUCGGGCUUUCCCUCUCCCCGAGGGUUUUCACCAGGGUUGUGGCGGCAGCCCUCGCACCCCUGCAGACGCAGGGCAUGAAGGUCCUGCCGUAUCUGGACGACUGGCUGGUCUGUGCGCCCUCCAGGUCCCAGGUGGCCCAGGACACGGCCCGCCUGCUGUCGCACGUCGCCUGGCUGGGCUUGACGGUGAACCAAUCAAAGAGUUGCCUGGACCCUUCCCAACGGGUUACUUAUCUGGGGUUGGUCCUGGACUCUGUCGCCAUGAAGGCCUACCUUUCACCUCGACGGGUGAACGACAUCCUCCGCCUCCUUCCCCUCUUCAGAGCCGGCAGGAGCCUGCUUUUUAUUCAGUUUCUUCAGCUUUUGGGCAAGCUGGCAGCUGCUUCAGCUGUGGUGCCUCUGGGCUUACUGUCCCUGCGUCCACUCCAAAUGUGGCUGAACAGCCUGCACCUAGAUGCCAAGUGGCACAGGCAGAGGAGGGUCAAGGUGACCCUGCAGUGUCUUGUCUCUCUGGCUCCAUGGAGAAAGAGAGCGUAUCUGGAGGUAGGCAUGCCCAUGGGCGCAAUUCCGGCACGCCGGGAGUUGGUGACAACCGACGCCUGCCUCUCGGGAUGGGGCGCAGUGUGGCAGGGCAGGACUGCGCAGGGACGGUGGUCUGGCCGGGACGUGGCACAACACAUCAAUGUGCUGGAACUGCGGGCUGUGCAGCUGGCACUAGCCAGCUUUCUGCCCCAUUUGACGGGCCGGCAUGUCCUGGUCCGGUCGGACAACAUAGCCACGGUUUCCCAGGUGAACCACCAGGGGGGCACCAGGUCGGCACGACUUCUCCGGGUAUCCCAGAGCCUGUGGACUUGGGCUUCUCCCCGUCUGGCCAGCCUACGGGCAGUCUAUUUGCCGGGGGCACAGAAUCGGGCGGCAGACUUCCUCUCCCGACGGAAGCCUCCACCGGGGGAAUGGCGGCUUCACCCCGAGGUGGUGGAGUCAAUAUGGGGCCUCUUCUCUGAGGAGUCGGCGCAUUGCCCCCUCUGGUUCUCCUGGGCAGAAGCGUCCAGCCCUUUAGGGCAGGACACACUGGCGCACGAUUGGCCGGACAGGCCUCUUUAUGCAUACCCACCAUUGCCUCUGGUUCUGCCGACACUCCAGAGGGUCCUUUUGCAGGGCCACCGGCUCCUUCUGGUGGCCCCCUUUUGGCCGGGGAGGCUCUGGUAUCCACUGCUGCUCAGGCUCUGCUGCAGCUCGCCAUGGCGCCUCCCAGACAGGAGGGAUCUCCUGUCCCAGCUGGGGGGUCAGAUCUGGCAUCCCGACCCCUCUCGCCUACAGCUCUGGGCUUGGCCACUGCAGGGCCCGACCCACUGCUGA